AUGCGAGGUCACAAUGUCAACAUCUAUUUUUCCGAAAAGAAUUAUAAUAAAAUCAAACCUUUAAUUACGCAGAGAAAGAUUAGUCAAUUUGUUAAUCAGGCCGUAGAAAAAGAAUUAACUCAGCAUGAAAAGCAAGCCAAAGCAGGAUUAAGAGAAAGAUUAAUUGCCGCUCAUCAAAGAAUGGCUAAAAAUAAGCAGUUAAAAAAAGAAUUGGCAAAUGAAUGGAAUGAUCUAAUAGUCGUAGUGCCAAUGACCACUGAUAAUAUUGAUAAAGUUGAACCUUUUGAAGUUUUUAUUAAGAAUACCGCCGAAACCGGUUUAAAAGAACCAAGCAAAAUCCAACUUAUUUAUCCUAUGACUAUUGAUAAAGAAUUACGCUUAGUAGAAAGAAGACUAGUAAGCAAAAACCUCCCCAAACAGUCUCUUGUUGAAGAUAAAGAAGAAGGUAAAUAUAUUUGUGAUGCUUGUUUGAUGGCUUUUUAUUACUUUGAAAAGUCUGAACUUUUAAGCCUUAAAAAAAGCAAGAGAAAUACUCUUAAAGGCUAUAUUGGAUAUCACCAAAAUAAAUUCAUUUUAAAAGAAAGAAAAAUUGCUAUUUUUACUCGCCAUAUUUACCUAAAUCGCUUAUUCCUUUAUCACCAAUUAGGCUUACAGAUUUAUUACUUGGACUCGGCUGAAUUUACAGCCCUUUUUAACUUGGAUAAUUUAAUCAAAAUAUUAGCCCAUGAGUUAGGGCAUGCGAUAUUAACUGAUACUCAACCAAAAACCCAAGAGAUUAACGGAGGACACGGAAAAGAGCAUGACAAGAUUAGCGAGGAGAUUAUUAAGAUGAUUGAGAAAUCUGAUGAAUUUAGAGAAUUAAAAAAAUUUUGA